AUGAAGAGAACAUUGGAAAUGAAUGUCUUUCUGAUCUUCGAAAUUUUGGUUGAUUCUGUCAAGGAGCAGUUGAAAGAUGUCUUUGAAAGACUUAGCCUGGAACAACAGAAAAUAGAGAAUGAUCUUUCUGACUGGAGUAUGAAAACAUUAGAUCAUUCUUCAGAAGAAAGAAGCAACCCACUUAAUGAACUGCCCAUGGAAUUAGAAAAUCUAGACUGUCCAUACCCUGAUCUGAAAUCUUCAAUUCUUAAUGAGUUCUAUAACUUUACAGAGAAAUAUAAAAAGAGGCUUCAAGAGUUUGAUCUACAGUUAGAAGAAAUAUGCAGAAACUUCCAAUUAAGUGAAGAAGAUCACUGGAUCUUUCAGGCUGUUUUGGAUCAAUAUCCUGGGGAUCUCAGUGGCAGAAGGACCCUGUAUCUAGAUAUGUUGCAAAGAUAUUUUCCUCACAAAUCCAGACAUGAUUUGGUUGAACAUGAAAAACAUUGUGACAGAUACCGUUUUGCAAAGGAGCAACGAAAGAUCCUAAUUCUAAGUUGGAACAAGAACAGGAGAGACUUUGUCCAGAAGGCUGUGCUAACACUUGUUGAGGCCUGUGCAGCUCAUGAAAUGGAGAGCACAUUGGCCAAGAACAAAAAAAGGCAACAGGAACUCUGUGCUGAUCUAAAAGCCAAGGUUUUUCAAUGGAGACUUCACCAGGAAGAAGUAGCAAGACUGGAAAUGGAAAUUUCUGCCAGAAGAAGAGAGAAGGAAGAAGAGAAAGAGAAAUUGUGGAAGAAGAAGGAAUUGUCACAAAGAGAAGAGAAGAAAGAAAAGAUAAGAAAAUACUGGGCCAAAAAGGAACAGAAGUGGCAAGAAAUGGAAAUGAGAGAUCUUCGGCGUCUAGAAGAACUGAAGAAAGUAAUGGCUGAGCAGUCAGUAAAAGAUAGAGAAAGGGUUAAAUAUAGGCAAGAGCUACUGGAAAAACGUUUGAUGGAGAAAAAAGAAGUAGUUCUUCAAGAAGCACACGAAGAAGAGGAGCGAGAGAGGCGGUUAGAAGCCCUAAGGAAACAGGUGGCUAUUGUUGCUCAGUUUGAUCCUGUUAGAAUGAUGUCAGAUACAAAGGCAUCAAAAGCAAGGAUGGGUAUUGGAACUGAGGAAGAAUUUAUUCUUCAAAAGCCUCUUUUCUCAUUGAAUACCUACAAUGAACAGCAGAUAAUUUCUGACCCUAGACUUCGUUUUGAGUUGGCACUUCGAGAAGCUGGACUUCAUAAAACAUCAUAUGCCAAAGAGAUACUACCAAAAAUCAAUCCUCAAAAGCCCCCAAGAAAGGACAUGGAAUCUACUGUAUUUAAAUGCUAGA